AUGCCUGGCUUGGGCGCAAUAGGAGAGACUAAUUUGUCUUCUUCUCAAGUUCAAUCAGGAUGGUCCGCUCCAUCCUCUUGUACACAUACUCCUGCUCCUGCGGCUGAGCCGCCACAUGUAUAUUCCCCCAUGUCUUUUAGCCAGAUGUCAGAUUGUGAAGUACUUGAUAUGGUUGCUCAAAAUAUGAUUAUCUUAAAAAAAGAGUUCUCGCAAUUACAAGGCGCCUAUGAGGCACAACAUGAUCAAAUAGCAUUGUUAAGGGCAGAACUUGAGGAACAUUGCGAUCAAUCGCAAAAUCAACACAUAUUCUAUUCCACCCAAAUCCAAGGAGCGGCCGCUUCCAUUCAGGCUGUGCAAGACCAGCUACUUCACAAUUCCACUACUUGUCCCACGGCUCCUCCCCCACCUCCACCUUCUGGCACAGCCACCUCCACCAAUCCCCCAAUUGCUCCUGCGUCUUCCAAUUUGGAUUUGAAAUUUGCUAAACCCAAUAAGUUCAAUGGCAAGAAAGAGGACGCCCUCAAUUUCAUUAUUGCCUGCCAGGCCUAUAUAAGAGCGAAAGGAGCAAAUAGAUCCCACGAGGAGAAAAUAUUGUGGGUAACAUCAUAUUUUGAAGGUGCAGCAGAAGAUUGGGUUCGCCCCUAUAAAGAAAGGAAGGUUUUCAGGGGAGAAGCAGUCCCAUUAUUGGAGGAUAUUGACGUAUUCUGGGCAGAAUUCACUAAGCAUUAUGUGGACACUAAUCGCGAUGAGAAGUACCGUCAAAAAUGGAAUAAUUUGCGGCAGAAAGCAUCGGUUCAGGAAUACACCCAAGAAUUCCAACAAUACUCCGUGUCCCUGGGUUACAGCGACGAGACACUGCGCAAUAAGUACUAUGAUGGCCUCCAAAACAAUAUUAAGGACAUCAUGCUUUCAACUAUGUUCCAAUGGCGCCGCGCUACUGCCCAACAAGUCUAUGAUAAGGCAGAGGAGAUCGCAAACCAUAUCGAAUCUACACGCUUAUCUCAUCCUUCUGUCUCCACAGUCCGCGCCCCUGCUAAUGCCGCCCCCACUACCACUUCCACUCCCCCUUCCACCCGCACUCGUCUCAACGUGGGAGACAAUGUCUAUAUGAUUGACCCAACCACUCGCCGCGCCAAGAAAGGCGCUAUUACUUCAAUUACCAUCAUUGCUCCUACCCCUGUCCUGGCCUCAAACUCCAAAGGCCCAGGCCCCAUGGAUCUUGAUGGAAGAGGAUUUUCAAACCUCACUUGCCAUGUAUGCGGUGGAAAAGGUCACUUUGCACGCAAUUGCCCUUCCAAGCCCAUGUCGGGACAUGUGGCUAAUGUUGAAUGGUCUUGGGAAAGACCUAAAGAGGAAAAUAGGAUUGAAGUUGUCUCUGAUGAGGAAGAGUUGGGAAAAGGAAAAGCCAAGGCCAACUAA